UGGACUUGUCCGUUUCCAGCUGUACUCUACUCAUAACAACUUACGACAAAGCCGGGAAAGACGCAUCGCGACAUAACUUUGUGUUACCGAAGGAUAUUGCCGUCUUCAUCCUCUUGUUUCCCAAGUAUUGUACGUAGCGUCAUGAACAUUUCUCCCAUUGACUUCUACUACUUCCCCUUGUCAGCCCCCUGUAGGGCUGUGGAUAUGGUAGCAGGCCAUCUGGACAUCCCCUUGAAGAAGAAGUUCGUCAACACAUGGCAGGGGGAACAAUUAAAAUCGGAGUUCUUAAAGCUAAACCCUACUCACACGGUGCCAACAAUUAAUGACAGUGGUUUUGUCCUAUGGGAAAGUCGGGCUAUAAUCACGUAUCUAGCUGAUCUGUACGGUAAGGAUGACGUUUUCUAUCCGUCCAAUCGCCGGAAGAGGGCAGUAGUAGAUCGCAUGCUGUAUUUUGAUAUGGGAUCCUUAUAUCGGGCUAUUAUCGAUUUUCAGAUCCCUAUAAUGUUUCGAGGUGAGGAGCCGGACGCCGGGAAAGAAAGGGUUUUGUUAGAAAAGCUUGCCUUCUUAGAGCAGUUUCUCACCGAUUACCCAUACGUAGCGGGUGAAAAUCUUACAGUUGCGGAUCUCUCAAUCCUGGCGAGCGUGACCUUUCUAGAGGCUAUCGACUUCACUCUUAGUAGUUUUCCAAAAAUUGAAGCAUGGUUGCAGAGGCUAAGGAAAGAACUACCAUAUUAUCAAGAACGAAACCAAGAUGCAAUUGAAGAAGGAAAACGCAUGCUUUCAGAGAGAAAAUAAUGACUUAACUGCUCGUAUCUAAACAAAGUUGAGCUUAAAAUACCGAAUUUUUAAAUAUUAAAUAUUAGGCUCGGUAUAAGAAGAAAAAAAAAUGAUUAGCUUAAAUUUGUUAAAAUGAAAUUCAAUAUUUGAAUAUUCAAUUUAUUUUGCUUCACCUUGUCAAUAAAUAUUGGUCUUAUUUUCAAACAGCA